AUGACCCAACCCUCAGUUUUACCACCUCUCACUCCUCAGUUCUGCUUUUCGACGGUGGUGCUCCGAGACUUUCUACGGCUAUCGCGAAGCUCGAUCGAUGACACCAUAACCCAGAAUCUGAACGCUCUGGCAACGCCGGCGAAAGCAGGGUUUGACCCGACCUCGACGUCACGGCUCGGGACUCGAUCCGUUUCGCGCCAAAUCGACGCGGCAUCCUGCCAGGCGUUUAAAGACAAGGUUUUAUUUCCAUCAUGGCAGGCCCGAUCCGACGUCCUGAGCUAUUGUUCCUUGGUUGCUACGAGUCCUGACCCCGACGACCCAGAAGCAGCGCUCAGAGAGGCUGAGAAAGAGAAGAACAGAGAGAAGGUUGUCGAUGAGAGGCUCGAUCCGUACUCGGCACGGUUCUUCCCCCGCGAGGCGCGUACUGAGCAACUGGCCAUGAUCGUCCGGCAGGAAAUGGGGGUGGAAAAUAUAGUCAGGUCUAGGACUUGGGAUAUAGUCGGGGAGAGAUGCGGAGAUUCUACCCGUGCUGCUUGGCAAGAUGCACUUGCAGAAUGGAGGAAGUCCAAGGAACCUUCAGAGAUCCGUCGGUGA